UGUCGACGGGAGCCGAGAGAGGAGACGAGAUUUCGAAAAGUGUGGUUGCCCGAACGCGGACAGUCGCUCGUAGCCACCCUUAACGCGAUCCUACGUCUUCCGCGGUGUCUCGGGGUUCCAUCGAGGAGAAACUCUGCCGAGAACUCGCGGGGCUGAACGAAACGAGCGAUAAGGACCGGUUCAGUAAGGAUUACGCUGUCGGUCAUUCAAACCUGCGGCCGCAAGUCUUCGUUAAACAGAGAAUGGACGGACCGGCGGUAUUAUCAAUGCCGCCGAUAACCGCACCCCAAAAAUCAGCUCAAUCGCCCCAGCCACAGUCGCACUCGAAAUCCAAUCAGGAGUUGCAGGUGGGCACGGUUUCCCUCUACGGGAUUCACAUCGUGUCUCUGGUGAUCGAGGGCCAGGAGAGGCUCUGCCUGGCGCAGAUCAGCAACACGUUGCUGAAACAGUUCAGUUACAACGAGAUCCACAAUCGGAGAGUGGCUCUGGGGAUCACCUGCGUGCAAUGUACCCCGGUGCAACUGGAGAUCCUCCGUCGCGCCGGGGCGAUGCCGGUCUCUUCGAGGAGAUGCGGUAUGAUUACGCGCAGAGAAGCCGAGCGUCUGUGCAAAUCGUUUCUAGGCGAUAACGCCCCGCCCAGACUGCCCGAGGACUUCGCGUUCUCCGUUCACCACGAGUGCGCUUGGGGAUGCCGGGGCGCGUUUCUUCCGGCUCGAUACAACAGCUCCCGAGCGAAAUGUAUCAAAUGCGCGUAUUGCGGCCUGUUCUUCUCCCCGAACAAGUUCAUCUUCCACUCGCAUCGAAUCGGCCCGUCGGACAAGUACGUGCAACCGGACGCCGCGAACUUCAACUCGUGGCGACGGCACAUGAAACUGUCCGGCAAUCCGCCGGACGAGGUGGUGCACGCGUGGGAGGACGUCAAGGCGAUGUUCAACGGUGGCACCAGGAAGCGUUUGCUCAACAAUCCGGCGUCGAGCGAAUCGCCGAGCUCGGCGAAGCAACCGAGAUCGUCACCGACCACCCAGAUCCCGGCUCUGGUGCCGUCGCCCACGCACCCAAGAGUGCCACCGUUUCCGGAACUGCCUCUACCCUUGUCCAGAAGCCUCGUCAUGGACUACGUGUGGCAUCAACAUCAACAAGCGGCAGCCGUCGCCGCUGCGAAAACGCCUGGCUUCCCAUUUUCGCCGUACGCGUUACCGUGGCUAGCGAAAAGAGGACCGGUUCUCUUUCCCGGACCUUUGCCACCACCGAUGAGCGGGUCCAGUCCCACGGAACCACUGAUACCGACGGUAAGCCCGUCGCUGCAUCAGUCCGCCUUCCGUCCAGUGAUUCGGGGACCACCGAUGGUCGAGCCGGUGGCCCAGGGACAACCGUCGGACACCUCAGCGUCCAAUAAAGAGGACAACUCCGACGAUGAAGUGGACAUCGAGACGACGGAGGACGAGCCAAUUGUACAAACGCCUCUGAACGUCGCUCAGAAUCUCCAUUCGAACUCGACUAGCCACGGUCGCACUUCGCCCCAGUGUUGGAGUCCACCUCGAGAGACGGAACGGGAAGCCGAAAAGAUAGCGGAGGAGGCAGCGGCUAUGAGAGACGUCAAGCCCGAGCUUCAACCUGCGAGAAGUCCCGACACCUGGCAGGGAACCAAUUUUUAUCGACAUCUGAGCGCGAUAAAAGGGAGCGAUCCGAGCGAGAGAACGGGCACGGAUUGUUCCGCUUGUCAUACGCGCGGAAUAUUUUACGGCCAGAUCCAUAGUCCGUCUGCACCCACUAAUUAAUCGACGUGAAAAUGCGAUGGACAAGUGGAAGUGACAAAGGGAAAAAGAAGGUAGAGCCGCUGAGGUGAAGAGGAACGGAGAGGGAGAUAAAAAGGUAGAUUAAUUGGAAAGGAUACUGUAAAUUAGGGAUCUCCGUCGCGUCGGUAUUCAGGCUGAAUCUAUUCGAUUCUAAUUAGUGCUUUAAAGUGCAUCGACGGCUUCUUUUUCCGGACGAAGCGUUCCUCUUAAGUUUCUCCACUUUAAUAAAGAACUGAAACGUCACUCGAAAUUCCUGUUUCAAUAAACGUUUCGUUUCUUUUUCGCUACGGAUACGAAUACAUGUAAUCGUCGCGUUUCGUACGUAUAGAGAUAAAGAAUCGCAACACUCUUUCUAUUGAGAUUUAAAACGAUCGUAGAGGAAGGCUGCUGUUGUAAUUAUAUCGAUAAUGCUUAGUACCGUUCUCCCGUCGAACCAUGUUCGCGUUUACUUUAAUUUACUAUUUUAGAUAAACUUUCAUUCUAGUCCUCUGUAGUGGCUGACAUCGCGUAUGGGUAAUUAACGAUCCAUUCGUUUUGAUAGACGCGCGUAUAUUUUAGUUAGUGAUUCGUGGAAACGCGGACACGGAAGAACGCAAGCUGGGAAGAGGGGAUUCGUUUGCAUUUAUCUGAUAAUAAUUGCUCUAUUUAGCGCGCCGAGGGAACCAUGCACCUCGAAAUUGGCUUCCCGUCGCGAAUCGAAAUGCUGCGCCGUGUGCAAUAUACGUAUACCUACUCUUUACGGUUAUUAGCCUUUCGAACAAAUGGCUGCAUCGUGUUGCGCCGUAAAAAGAGUCGUGAAAACGCAUGUUCGAGCAGCGAGACUACCUGGAACUAAUGACGGAACGAUCACGAUCCACAGGGCAUCUGUAUCGCCGUUCCGUUGUCCCAGCCCUGGGUAACGACCGGUUAAAAAUAAUUUUCUUAACGUUUAAUUGAAACGAUGUCGAAGUUCUAUCAGGUUCUCCGCCUGAUUUAAUUCGUUCGGUUUUUAAAUGAAAUCUAACGGCUGUACCCGGUGCUGGUGUCUCACGUCGAAUUCCCUUUGCUUCUUAUCUCGUAGAAUACCGGUGUAUAGGCAACAGCUGUAAGAAACGCCGCGUAGAUUCUGCGAAACGCAUCGUUGAAACAAAAAAAUAACAAGCAUAGAGACGAAAGUAUGUGUAAUCCGAAUAACACAAUAAAAGUUCUG